AAUGAUGAAAUUAUUAUAAUCGCAAAAGAAUUUUCACAUCUUAGCAAUGGAAUCUCGGUUGUAUAAAUAAGGGUUGAGUAUUGGUAGAUUUUCCAUGUACAAGAAAGUGUAAUAGUUAAAGAGUUUCUUUUCCAGAAAAAAGUACAGAGAAAGAGAAAGAGACAGAGAAAAUGAAAAUGAAAAUGAAAAUGGUGCAAGAGGAAACCAGAAAGGGCCCAUGGACAGAACAGGAAGACAUUCUCCUGAUGAACUUUGUGGGCUUAUUUGGAGAUCGACGAUGGGACUUUAUAGCAAAAGUUUCAGGUUUGAAGGUGGCGGGGCACACAUAAUAGGUCUCAACAGAACUGGAAAAAGUUGCAGGUUACGGUGGGUUAACUACCUCCACCCUGGUCUCAAACGGGGCAAAAUGACUCCCCAAGAGGAGCGCCUUGUCCUUGAACUUCAUGCCAAAUGGGGAAAUAGAUGGUCAAGAAUUGCUCGCAAGUUACCUGGGCGAACUGAUAAUGAAAUCAAGAACUACUGGAGGACCCAUAUGCGGAAGAAGGCUCAAGAGAGGAAGCGAGGUGUGUGUUCGCCACCAUCAUCAUCGUUUUCAAAUAUUUCUUCUCCAGCAUCAACUGUUACUACUGUGGACUCUAUGCAGUUCAAAACUGGAAAAGCCAGUUUUUAUGACACUGGAGGCCGUGAUGGUCAAGUGAUGGGUAUGGCCGCAGUUCAUGAAGAGAAUGAAACUGUUGGAUACUCAAUGGAUGACAUAUGGAAAGAUAUAGAGCUUUCAGAAGAAAAUAACUCUUUAAUGAUCAGACCAGUUUGUGAAGAGAAUACUAGCAACUUUUCUUGUGCUUCAAUAAUUGCCUCUCUAUCGUUGGACUAUCCUUGGUACGACUCGCUAUGGAGUAUUGAUGAUUUUGAAGAAGAGAGUAAGAUGAUUAAUAAUCUCCCUAACGAUCAGUUCAUUUCAUCCUCUAACGAAUAUGGAAAGGCAUAUUUAACUGGCUAAUCAAAAUUCAAUUGAUUUAUAUUUAUUCAUAUA